AUGACGCCCGUAUGGAGAUUUCUCGCGUUCCAGAGCUCAGACCUGCGGCCCAACGCUCUGGAGCUACAGUACGAUGCUCGCUCGGAGUUGCUGGAAGAGAUCAAAAUCAACAUGAAAACGGCUCAUUCGUGCUUGUACUUGCAUUACAUUGUGAUCCUCCGUGAAGCUGUUCUGUCAUACGACCAUCUCGCGGUAGACAAUACCAGCAUGUUGGAGCAGAGAGGGUCUCUCGCAUCGUCAUUUGCUCAAGCCAUCCAGGCCAGCCAGGAUCAUGGAGUCAUCAAGGUAGCGCAAUACCUUGACGCGACCAAGCUGCUUCACGCGUCCGCCAGCGCCGCCGCACUCUGCGCAGUGGCUGGUGCACCGCAGCUGUGCACCCCACCAUGGCGGCGAGCAGCCCCCGCGAGUACCUGCUCGGUACCUGCUGACCAGCUGCCAUCCCUGCAGCCCUUGCCCGAUGCAGGCUGCCCAGCCUCCCAGGGAUGCUUAAUAGGCUGCCCAGACCCGCUGAAGCGACCCGCUGGAAAACACGUCCGGAACGCGUCGCGCCGCACGUGA